AUGCCUGCGCUUGGGUCAAUAGAUAAUCCUGUUGGGCAAGUGGCAUCUUCCGCGAGGGAAUCCGCAGCCUUCAGACAGCAAAUGCUGGCCUACUCCGACGUGACCAAAGCUCUCCAGUGUGUAUUCCGCCACUCUGCAAGUGACGCCUUCCUGCGGGCCUAG